GUUUCAGCUUUGUGGAGAAAUAGCUGUCCAACCUGACUGUUUAAAUUGAAGUGUGAAAAGAUGAAUUUCAUGAUGAUAUUUGCCACAUGGGCAUCGUUGCUGGGAGUCAACAGCGGUCAGGACACGAAUUUGGAGCAGAUUCAUGUUCAGGAACGCCUAAAGGUAGAGCUGGAAAAUAAAAUUGUUUAUAUUCAACUAAAACUGUCGGAGGAUCUGUAUAAAGAUGAGCUGAUUAAUUCUCUAAGGGAAGCGAACGAGUUGCUAAAUAAAGAGUGCACAAAUAGCUGCCGUCAAUCUGAUGUGGAUUUACAACAGACUUUAACAAACUUACAGAAUACUGCCGACAUUCUGAAGAUAAUGGUUAAUAAUUAUGAUCUAAAUGGGAGCUCUUUUGAAAACCAGCUGACAUUGUGUCGAGCUCAACUGGCCAAGCCAACUGUAAAUCAAAUUUCGACCCUUGCUCCAAGAAUUGAGGAACCGAAUCCCAAUAGUUGUAUUCCGUUCGGUUAUUAUACAGGCAUUAAAACCCUUUACUUCGUCGGCUUAAGUCCUAUUCGCGUUCUCUGCGAUGGAAAAACAGCUGGUCCCGGCUGGACUGUAAUUCAAAGUAGAUACGAUGGCUCUCUGGACUUUUAUAGAAGUUGGGCUGAAUAUCGAGUAGGUUUUGGCAGCCUGGACAAAGAGUUUUUUAUCGGACUGGAAAAUAUUUAUCACAUGACCAAUUCUCAGCGCCAUGAGCUGUAUAUAUUUGUACAGAGGUUUGAUAAUGGUGUCGACUGGGCUCGGUAUGAUAAUUUUUUAAUUGGUAGCGAAAUGGAUAGUUACAGGAUGAAAAGUCUUGGUACCUAUUUUGGUUCUACCGAUAUAAUGAAUAAUCAUAUAAACACUGCAUUUUCGACCUACGACCGGGAGAGCAGCUAUAACACUUGGUCAACAAAAUAUCAUGGUGGCUACUGGUAUUUUGAGGAGCUAUCGUAUGGAAAUAAUCUAAAUGGACGAUAUUAUUCUAAAUCUUAUGCUCAUGACGACGGCAUGAAUUAUCGAGGGCCGGGCUCUAACACGCCAGUUCAAAGUAGUCAAUGUAAAAUGCUUAUUCGCCCACUGAUAUAAAAAUCGAAAGCAUAUUUAUGGAUUAUUUGUAUUUCAUAUCUUAUACUUUAUAUGAUAAAAAGAUAUUAUAAAACUAUUUCUCUAAAGUGA